GUGUCAGGAAGGAAAGCCGGCAGCGCAGCCACCCAAGAAGAGAAAGGGCAUGAAGCAAGAGCCAGUCCCCUUGGAGAGCCCUGAGGAGCAAUGGCUUUUGCGGCGCUCACUGUUGAGCACACUUGAAGCCUUUGCAGCUGCACAGCCCAAAGAUUUGCUUGUCCAUCUUCGACCCUUGACUAUCUAUCUGGCUUUGGAGGACACUUCAACACCAGAAGAGCAGUGGGUCGCUAUUAAGGUUUGUCGCAUUCUCUCUUCUGUUCUUCCGUAUGUGGCAGAGAGGCGUGGGCUCAUGGAUCAUCGCCAGGUUCAAGCUGAUUUGCAGGCUUUGAUUCGAAGUCAGCCAUCCAGCGGCGUUCAUGAAGCUGUGCGAUGUUUGUGCCUGGUUGUGAAGUAUGUCACUGGAGACCUUGCUCAGAUUGUGACGCAUUUAAACGUGGCGGUGCCAUCCUUGACCAAGUUGUGUGGCAUCUCUGAACAGAAGGGAACCUUAGAAAGGAUUCAGAUCAUGUACAUGAGUCGUCAAGCCUGGGUUCUUGCAUCGAUCUUGGAGAGCUUGUCUGUGGACGACUAUGUUCAAUUGGAAGGAGUCAAGUCAUCUGAGCAGCCAAAGCGCCGCUUGCUGCCUCGCUCGGAGCUAAAGUUCGACUUGGUCUCUGACUCCGUCGCAGGCACCGUGGCAGAUCUCCUCCUCAGGCUCAAUGAAAUUGGGGAACCGCAGUUGCGCGCAGUGGCUGCAUCCUGUAUGGGCUUCUUCUUGAAGGGUCAGCGAACUUUCACAAAGGACCGACGCAUCAACGAUCUGCUUUCCAGUGCAUUGAGCUCUGGAGAUCUGCUUCUUUGCCGUAAGGCUCUGGAGACGCUCUCGGCUCUUCUGAGUUAUUUCCGUAGCGAGGCAGAGCGUGAAUCGAAGGCAACUGCCACAGAUUUCGCUGAUUCUCGUGAUGGCCGUGUGGCGGGUCAGACGGGAAAUGGAUCUGGAACUGCCGGAGCUUCCGGACGACAGCACAACUCGGCCAUCGAGGCUGCUCAACCUUUGGCGGCUUUCUCUGACCAGGUCCUAGCACAUAUCACGCUCGCAGGAAGUGUCGGUCCAAGAAUGAAGAAAUCUCGAAAGCGAAAUGAACGAAGUGAACGCGAAGAGGAAGAAAAUGGUUCUGAAGGAGUGCUACGAGUUCGUGUGGAAGCUUUGUCUGUUGUUCGGCAUCUACACCAACAGGGCUUGGUAAAUCCUAUGGUUGUCCUGCCCAAGGUCUUCGCUCUCGCUUUUACCAGCGACAUGAGACUUUCUGAGCCCGCAACAUCGAUGCUGAAAGAAAUGUUGGAGCUCAGACCGAAUUUGCUCUUGAACCGCCUGGACGAGGCCUUCCGUGAGGCCUUCUUGGCAUUGCUCUCUGGUACAGUGCACUUGGGCGAGGCACUCAGCAGUCAACAACUAGCUGGCCUUGGCGACGUGUAUGCUGAACGUUUCCGAAAGCAGAAAGCUUUGCGAGAUGGGUUUCUCCGGAAGGCACUACAACAGCUGCAGAGACUACCCAGCGGCCAAUUUGAGGACCGAUUUGCAGAGCUUGCGGCUUUGGGAGUCCUUGAUGACGAUUCUGAGCCAAGCUCCUCCAGGAAGGAGAAACCCUUUGCACAACUGCCACUCCGACAGCGUCAACAACUGCUUUAUUCGCAGUUUAUUGCUUCUGCAAUCAGCGCCUUGCCUUUCAUCUUUGAGAAUGAGCCGCUUCUUUUGAUUUUCG